AGCACCAGGACAGCCCCAGAGUGUGAUACUCACGUCCAUGGCGACAUGACGUGUCCGCAGCUGCUGCUCGUGUGUUGGUGCUGCAGCAUCCUCGCUGUGACCAGCUGCAUCAGAGUUGAUGGGUAUUCAUGUGUCAGUGCGUACUGGGACACAGUUACUUGUGUCUUGAACAUCAGCGGUAAUCCUGAGGAACAGUCAAACACCACCUACAGCCUGACGUUCGUCGACGGGUGGGGGGAUGGUUUGGAGAUUCCCUGUCCGCUUGUGGUGAUGAAUCACAGUCACAUCUGUGUGUGUAAAGUCAAAGGGAACUCAGACAGAUUCUGCAAUUCUGACAAAUAUGACAUAAAUCUUUGUCACAAUUCCAACUGCCAUCCUGUAACGAAAGCUUUUGAACCAUCACAGCACAUUCAGCCGACUCCUCCGCACCAAGCUGAGGUCCAACAAACACCAGAAACUUUCAACAUCACUUGGAAAAGUGGGUAUGAAGACCAUCCGUUCCUCAUCGGUGCCCUCGGCUACGAACUGUUACUUCAAACAUCUCAAAGCGCUGAGAGCAAGACUCUUCAUCCCAAUUUACACGAGAGGUUUAAAUAUAUUCCAAGGUCACUACUUCAACCAGGUGCUACAUAUUGCAUCAAAGUGAGAUCUAUACCUAAAAAUCAGGACUAUGAAGGAACUUGGAGUGAAUGGGGUCCAUCGACAUGCUGGAAAAAUGAAGCAGGAGAAGAACAAGAUAAAACAUUAGUCAUUUUAAUCAAAUCUGUGAUCCCCGUGGUUGUGGCUGUUGGAGUCCUGUUGUUUGUGUUCUACUGUCCUGCUGCAAGAAUGAAGAUAAAAACUCUGUCCCACACACCAUCACCAGCACCUUUCUUUCAACCUCUCUUUCAACAAUACGAAGGCAAUCUCCAGGAAUGGUUUUCACCUCGUGGCAAAUUUGUACUUACAUAUAAAACUGAGGAAAUCUUGACAACUGAUGUGAUCGUUGUCCCCAAACCCAUCACAAAGGACCCAGAGGAGAACCAGAACUUCCACAGCCCUCCAGUGACACAGCUGGCUUUCCCUCAGUGUCAAACCUCUUAUGUUGGCUUACCCGGGACACAUGAGGCGUCCCCGCCUCUAACAAUGGUCUGUCCAGGGAACAUGUCUUACACUCAGUUGCCCUGUUCCAUCUGGGGGGUUGGCACUGGAGAGGCAGAAGUUGUCUCCUCUCUGCCUAAAGAUUUCUUCAACAUUAGCCAUGUAGACUCCGGCUGUGAGGACCCAACCCAGAGCCCAGAGUGCAGUUUACCGAACAGUCCUGUAGAAGACAGCCCACCACCGUGUUACUGCAGCGAUUACUGCAUUCUCAACAAAACCACAAAAGGUUUCGCUCCUGUUUUAGUGACCAAAGAUAACAGAAUAAAUGCUUUGUCUGAAAGCUAAAGAGAUGAUCCCGUCAUAAGAAUGGCAACACUUGGUGGGUUUUCAUUACAGAUUUGCACAAAACUUAAGCAGUAG